AUGUCAGAUUCUGAAGACAAAAAGCCGGCGGCAAAAAGCCACAACAACGCUGUGGAUGUAGCUGCAGAGGAAGAUUCUACUCAUGAAGAAGACAACUACGCUAGCGCACAAGACCAGCUGCAACAACACCAUCAUCACGACCAGCAACAGCAAGUUCAACCAGCGCUCCAGCACCAGCAAGUGCAAGGAACAAACAACCCGCCUCACGCAGCACCCACUCGCCAAACUGGAUCCAUUGCAACCUGGUGCAAUAGUGAGGCUUAUGUCUCUCAGGAUGAAGAUAACAUGGCAAGUAUUGAUCAGAAUAUGAUUAUGGACAUGCUUCGAACCACAUACACCAUUGGACAUGCUGAUGGUGAUGUACGUCACCAGUUGGCACAAGGGUAUGACAUCUCCCCACCCGAUCCUGGGUUCUUCCUAGCGCGCACCACUAACCAUGAACUGAUUAUUUUAUAUGGAAUCAAAGUUUGCACACAAGUGGGCUCUGCAUGGUGCCAACAAACAGUUGGUUUUGCCGGCGACAUCCCUACAAACAGCCAGCUUCCAGCAACUUGGUCCAUUAAAUAUUUCAACACUAUGGCAAAGAUGGUACAUGUGUCUGCAGUGGCCAAUCUUACCAAGCUACGAGCCAGUGCCAAGGCAGAUCCACAGCAGCCAAAUCUGGUCCCCACCUUCCCAACAAACAAAACUUCCCAGAAACUACCUGUGGUGUCCAUGGUGAAAAUCCCAGCCCCACUCCUCGCCAGAGCUUUGGCAGCUGGAGACCCACAGACCGCUCCCUUGCAGUUUUUAUUAGUAAUCGCGGAGUUUCUACAUCAACACUCCAAAGCUGAAAGCAAACUGCCAAGCACAGGUUUCAAUACUACCAAGACAUUGCAAGUGUUGCGGAAUUCCCUGUUCGCCUUGGCAAGCUCCAUUACAGCUGCACAGCGAGUUGGUUGUCUGAAAGAUUGCGUUGUACCCAGAGUGUCUCUUAUGAUCAGGUGGUUGGUGAGACAUUGUUAUCAAGAGCAAGUUCCAUCUCAGCUACAGUAUCAUUGA